AUGGAAAUAAACGUAUUGGGGGAAGUAUCGUUGGGUGGCAGUGGCAUAAUUGAGGCAAAAUUUGAUAAUUUUGGCAGGUUCCUAGCGGUAUUAACGGAGGACAAAAUUUGUACACUAUUUGAUAUCUCAAAUGGCUGUUUCACCGAAAUUAUACGCAGCCAAUUCCACCCCUCGACUCUUUCUAUAGCCUGGACUAAUCCUAAAUUUGGCCAAUACAUAAUCGCCUCCUUGGCUUCAGGGUCAAUCCAUGUUAUGAAACUCACUAUAUCCCCUAAACUAUCAACUAUUUCGUUCAUAGGCGAAUCGCGUGUGUUGAAUGAAUAUCCCUCGGCACUAAAUGUUGGAAAUACGGAUACUGAUAUGUUCAUAGUACUAGGGUCAGCUGGUGGCAAAAUUGGAAUUUUGUCCCUGAAAACAAACGAACUUACGGCGCCAUUUGAUGCACAUUUUGGGGGAGUUACGGCUCUAUGUUUCGAUACAAACUGCUCCAGCUUGUUCUCUAUUGGCCAAGAUUAUAGGCUAGUAAAAUGGUUUAGAAUUGACAACUCACCCACUUGGACUAAAAUUUUCUCUAUUAAAAGUGACAUGCCAAUGAAUACUAUAGACUAUUCGUUAGGCGAGAUAAUAGCUUCUCACUCCAGCAAAGUAUUUAUAUACAAUGAGAAGGGUGAGGAACUAGAAAUGUUGGAUGUGCGUAAAGUGAAAGUAGAUAAUGGUGUCGACUUGGGGAAUAACUCGAUUUCAAAAGUUGCCUUUCAUGGCCACCGAAGCAUAGCCGUAGCACUAGAAUCUAAUGUUACUAUUCUGUACACUAAGGACGGCGGUGACAAGUACAAAUUUAUGGGCAUACUACACAAGUGA